GUGACAGCCGAGGAAACCCGAGACACUGACCCCGACGGCCGGUGCUGCGCGUGCUGACGUUCCUUGUGUAUCUCAGGAGGUCUUAUAGGAAACUCACCUGGCUGUCGCUGAUGGAGACCAGACAACAAGAGUUGUACUCUAGUGUUCUGAGUGAUGCAGUGGUGGACUGGGGCAGCAUGGGCCCUGGAGAGGAAUGGGUUAACUCAGCCACAAACGAGGGAGAGCAGGGUUUGAGUCAGGGUAUGUUUUACCCCUCUGGCGAAGAAUCGGUUAAAAGGAGCUCAUGUGGCGAAGACUUGGCUCCAGUGGCACAAAAUGGGGAAAAUCUGACAGAAUGGGAUAAAACUUCACCAUCAGGGGAUCAGUGGGGUCAGCCAUGGUCUCAGUCUGACAACUGGGUCAUGUCCACCACUUGGGACAUGCAACUGAACAGCACAGAGAGAGGACACCUCACAGCAGGUUUUCUGGACUCUGAGCCAUUGAGGGAGGCUGAUGAAGAUUUUGUAUCAGAAGUCAACUUAAGCAACCCCAUCAUGACAGACGAGGAGAGAGAGGAGAUUCAGCAAGAAUUAGCUAAACUGGAAGAGGAGAUCAGCACACUGAAGCAGGUUUUGUUGUCCAAAGAGAAGCAGCACGCAGACCUCAAACAGAAACUGGGCAUCACUCCUCUGAGCGAGCUCAAAAACAACUUCAGCAGGGGCUGGCACGACAUGCAGACCUCCACGGCCUAUAAGAAGACAUCAGAGACGCUGUCCACAGCAGGACAGAAGACCUCAGCAGCCUUCACCACACUGGGCAGCGCCAUCACCAGGAAGUUCGGGGACAUGAGCAUGGUUGGUCUAGAGUUACUGUUCCCUCGAAGGUCCAACUCUAUAGGCUACUCUAUCAGACAGUCUAUGAGCAUGCCCACCAUGAGAAACUCUCCCAGCUUCAGGUCUUUUGAGGAGAAAGUUGAGAAUACAGUGUCCACUAUCAAGACAAAGGUUGGUGCUUCGGAGACCGGAGGCAGCUUUGAGGAAGUCCUCUCCUCCGCAGCGAACGCCAGCUCUCAGGACACUCCCACUAACACCUUGACAGACAGCUCUGAGAGGCCGUGUUAGAGCUGCAUCCGCACCAUGAGGCAGGUUUUCAACCAGGAACUCUGAUCACUGCUGUAUGGCAGCACUUAUCUUACUCAAGGCUCUGACUGAAAUGUUACAGAAUGCUUUUAUCUGAUGCAAACAAUCCCAUAUAUGUGAGUAAGUCUCUUAACAAUUGGAAUUUCCUGCAACCCUAAAUGCUUUGAAAGAAAAUUGGCACCAUUUCUUGUUUGGACUAGAUUUGUCCUAAAUAUUCUAAAGCAGCAGCUGUCUACCUUUAUUCUGAAGGAUCAAGACAGCUACCUUUGAUUGUGUAACACCUAUAAGUGGACAUGGUUGAUCUUUUUGUUGAAGGACUCUCCUUCAGUGAGGUGGAUUUAAUCAACCUGCCCUCCAGUGGCCUCCAAACCAUGUUAAACCACAGAUGCUGGAUCAGAUGGGGUUGAAGGGGAGAAGCAGUGAAGCCUUUUGUUAGAAAAUGGUGAAAUGAAAGGAGGAUGAGCAGAAUCCAAGAACCAAAGCCUUGUAUUUCUGGCCUGUAUUUUCUUUCUGUCACUUACUGUAAGUCGAGCGUCUCAUGGUUUGGCUCAUGUAGUUACUUCAUCACGAGUGGAAAAACUCAGCUGUCAAAUCCCAGCUGGAAGUCCUCACACACAAAAUGAGAGGUUAUGAAUUCCUUCUUUGUUAUGUAAAUUCAGCAUAAGUAGAAACAGCCUUGUUGGUGCAGUAUCCAAAGUCUACACCACUAUGACUACUUUCAUACCAAAAAAUACAAAACUACAUCCUUUGGUUAUUAUUAGAAAUAUAUGUGUUUGAUUUAAAAAACAAUUUCAACUACUUAGGACUUUUUACCAAAAUGUUUUAAAAAGAUUGUAUAUAACCCAAGAAGUAUAAAUUAUUUUACACUAAGACAUGAGAUUUUGUUAUGGCCGAUUUGUUAAACACACACGUUGCUGCUGACUGUUUGGGUUGGGGCCUAUUUGAAUGCUGGAUCAUACGCUCACUUAUUCAGUGCAUUUACACUAUAGGACAAACUAGUCUAUAGGAAGACAUGAAACAAUGUUUUUGCCAUGUGCAGUGCAGGUUUCCAUGUGUAAAUGUAAUAAUGGAGUUUAUUUUUGUUUUUCUCUUGACUGCCAAGAAACAGGAAGUCAAACAGAAUCUUAUUUAUCACUUUGGACAAUUAAAUCUGAUGCUGGAGAUUAGAAAAUAAAUAAAAAAUGCCAGAGCUGCACGGCUGUACCUCUGAAAGUGCUGAAGGUAAAAAGAUUUGAAUCUGUAGAGAUCCAGAUAACAUUAAAGUUUACCAUUUAUCCUCGUCACGUCCCCUAAAAACGUAAUGUCUGAGUCAUUUUAGAUAGGAGAUCUGAUGCCUAAUGCUGUGUAACUGAUACGGAAUAUCUAACAUUAAUAUAACAUCAGACUGUAGCAGUAGCUGUAAAACCACCCUGGACUGUAAUGUGAUCCUGAAAUCCAAGACAUGCUGUUACUUACUAAUCUGAUUUUUAGCUUCCUUUUGCAGAACUAACCCUGUUCAAUGCUGAAAGAAAGAAUGGACUUUUUAUUACUUAUCUAUAAAAAGGUUGGUGCCACAAAACAUAAAAAAUCUGUUUUCUUUUUAUCUUUUCAAGAACGGUCUCUGUGUCCGCUGCAUAACUUUGCCAUCAAAGUAAUGUUGUGUUUUUAAUAUAUAAUCUGUUUUGUGUUUCCUUUUUUUUGUCAUAUUGUCUUUCAUGUGAUUUUAUUUUCUUUGCUGUGGUUUGAGAAGAUGCCCUGGAUCAUUUCAUGUUCAGUUCAGUCUGUUCAUGAAAUGUAUUUAUUAAAAUUCAUGUCAUGAAUCGUGUAAUGAAAGAUCUUUUGUAGCAAGAAAAAGUUGCCAGCACUGAUCUUUUACCAAAUAACUAAACUGAUGUCUGUCAUUGGAAAAUAAAUUAUAGUAUAUAUUUUACAUGUGCAUAUUGAGUUGGGUUGAAAUACAAUUGAACUGAACUGAAAAGACCUUUUCACAAAAAACACACCAGAAGGCAAAACUGUGACACUGAAAUAAAAUAACAUUGUGUUUAACGUA